GUUUUACCUAGGGCUAUUUGGGACGACAAUAGAAAGGCGUGUUGGUUGUGGACUUGUGGUUUUCCAGGUGUGAGAUUUAAAUAGGGACGCGACUGUUGGCGGAACGAUGGAAUUAUUUUCUCCUUCAAAUCUCCAUCUCAACAUCUCAACCUCCUUCGCAUUAACAUGCAGACAUCUAACUCAAACGUCGGUUCACCACCGAUCUCAGCUAGCAUUUUGGAGCUGCAGCAACCUUCCAACACUUCGUCUGGGGGAUCUUCUUCGCGUAUCCCGCGCCUGCCAGCAGAAAUUCUCUCGGAAAUUUUCCUCCACAGUCUGUCCGAUGACUUGCCCUUUUUUCCCACACAAAGACUAGCUCCCCUGAUAUUCACAAGAAUAUGUCGACAAUGGAGGGAGGUUGCUCUUGGCUUGCCAUGGUUAUGGACACAGCCACGGUUGAUCGCGGACGAUGGCUUCCGGGAGAGAGCUUCUGCCUACGACCUCUGGCUCAAGCGAUCGAGAGGAUGUCCUCUCUCGUUGAAACUCGAAUGUUACACUGAUUUGAAAGCCCCUUCAUUUUGGAAGACUUCCACGGACUCAAGGAGCUCGUCGUACACAAGUACCGUGGACGGUCCAGAGCAAAUCACUGACCGCUCUAUCUCGAAAUUGCCGGUCAACCUUCGCAAGAUGGACAUAUCGGAUCUGCAGUGGAUCAGCUGCAGGCGAUUAGACUUCGUCGCUGAUUCCGGAUGGGCCCAUCUCACGCAUCUCGAGAUCAACGUACACGGACUAGAUGCAUUCCCCCGCAUACUCCGCCUAUGUCCCGACCUCUCUUUCCUGAUGCUGCACGGCAUAUUCCACCCGAUCAAGAAUCAAGAACCAGUCACGCACACCAACCUCCAACGCUUACACAUGUGUGGGGACAUGUAUCCGACCUCGAGCAGGAACCUUGGCAUAUUCAAGGUCCUCACGCUCCCGAACCUUCGUGGACUCCAAGCCGCCCAUAUGGGGAGGUGGCCGCAAGAAGAGUUUCAAGCGUUUUUGACGAGGUCGAAAUGUUCCCUGGAGCGCCUUGCUUUUUGCGGAGUGUCCUUGACAGUUCAGCAGCGAGAGGAAUAUGCUGCUCUCGUUCCUUGCUUUGAAAUAAUAAAAAUUUAGAGGCUACGUUGCUACUUGGACAGAUAGUCGUUAGGUACCUAUUUUACGAAGUGAUGACAUUGGUUUAUACUUACUUAUACCCUUACGAGCUAUAGACGCUAUGUAGAUACAAAG